CAUUUGCGUAGAGUAAAAAACAUGAGUUGGUCACGGAUGAGUGAGUCCGUCCUGUAAUUGCCAUCAGUUACUUUAAACUUGUUGACCCAUCAUCUAACAAUAACGUUACGCAAAUACUUAAUACCACAACAAGCAAGCUGAGCCAAAGUUCAUAAUUGUAUUAGCCAGCAGUGACGAUCACAACGAAGAUGAUAUUUCAGAUUGAUUUUCCAUCAUCACCUGCAUGGCUUGUAUUAAUUGCCAUCAUAGUCGUCACGUGGUGGUACAUAGACGCACGUCGACCACAUGGAAUGCCACCUGGACCAUUUCCUUAUCCAAUCACAGGAAGCAUGUUCGAUCUUAUAGGAGAUAUUCCACCUCAAAAGACUUUCAAGCGAAUGUCAGAAACAUAUGGAGAUGUAUUUUCCAUAAAACUGGGUUCACUUUGGGCCGUCGUCGUUAACAACAAUGAGUUAGUACACGAGGUAUUGCUGACAAAGACCAAUGAAUUCAGUGGACGUCCAAGUACAUUUGGAUUUGAUUGGUAUACAGACGGUAAAAAAGAUAUCGCUACGGCCCAGCCUACUCCAAUUUGGAAGCAUCAUCGUAUGCUAGCUCACUCCGCUAUCAGAAAAUUUGCAUCUGGUGAAUACUUAGAAAGCGUUACUGAAGAAAUAAGACCAGUCUGGCAAACAAUUAUGACGGAGAAACUGAAAGGUCCCUUUGACCCCCACGACGUCAUUGGUUUUGCUAUUUACAAUUUAAUUGCCACCAUGUGCUUUGGUCAUAGAUAUGAAGCGAAUGAUCCAAGACUUAACAAAAUUAUGAAAACUUCAAGACAAUGCAUCGAAGGAUUUGUUGGAUGGACUGCCGACUAUAUUCCAUGGUUUCGUCAUGUGCCAAAUCCAUAUUUUUAUAGAUUCAAAAGGUGUGCUGCUGAAUUCACUUCAUUGAUAGUGAAGGAAGUUGAAUCCCAUGUAGAAAGCUUUGAUCCAGAUCUUCCUGCGAAAGAUUUCCUUGACAUCGUGCUGAAAUCCCAAAGGGAAGUUGAAAUCGAAGACACCGUUCCUGUUGAGAACAGGUUAACUUCUAUGCACAUACAGCAACUUGUGGCUAAUAUAUUCCAUGCCGGUGUUGAUACCAUGACAACAACGUUAUUGUGGGGCAUUGCAAGCUUAAUCGAUAACCCGGAUGUGCAAGAAAAAGUGAAGAAAGAAAUUGAUAGAGUUGUAGGAGACAGACCUCCGAGACUAAGUGACCGUGGAAAGAUGCCGUAUACCGAGGCUACCAUCAUGGAAAUAAUGCGAUAUAAGACUGCGGUACCACUUGCUUUGUUUCACAAAGCAUUAGUAGACACGACGAUAGGCUCAUACAAGAUACCGGCAGACACGAUUGUGAUAGUGAAUUUGUGGGCGCUUCAUAAUGAUCCGAAAUAUUGGCAAUCGCCAGAAAAAUUCCAACCCGAAAGGUUUUUGGAUUCAACAAACACUGUUAAACAGCGUCUACCAAGCUUUCUUCCGUUCUCCACUGGUCGCAGAGUGUGUGUUGGAGAAUCCUUUGCUAAAGCUAACGUUUUCCUGACAUUUGUAUGGCUGAUACAGAAUUUUAUAUUCAGCAAACCCGAAGGAGUUGACAGUCCUGUAGCUGUCCCCGAUAAACCCGGAUUAGUGACCGUUCCUAAGCCAUACAACGUCCUCGCUAAGACCAGGAACACCUAAUAAUGUGUAUCAUAUGUUUACUUUUCAUUCACUUUUAUUAUUUCAUUCACUUUUAUUCAUUAAUUAAAUUGUGUUGCCAAAUACAAACGCACGAUAAAUUGAGCAACUACACAUGGCAAAAGGAGGUUAAAAAAAAUUUGUUUUUAUCAGGAUUACCCCAUUUUACAGUAGUAAAAUAUAAUGAGAUAUUAUGUUAAUCAUAUUCAUAAGAAAUAUUCAUACAUAUAAUAAUACAGUUCGUCCUCUAAUUCGAGAUCACCUUUGGGACCUCAAAAAAAUUUAGGGUGGUCUCGGGGUUUGUCUCUAAUUAGAGGGCUAGCCUUGUGUUAAAAGGUUGAAGAUUGUUAGUUUGGUCUUUGGAAAAGUAGUCUCUAGAGUGGUCUCGGAAAUAGAGGGGUCUCGAAUUGGAGGGUGCAGUGUAAUAAUAAUAAUAACACUAAUCAUAAAGAUAAAAAUAAAAAUAAUAAUAGUAGUAAAAAUUAUAAUAAUAGUAAUACAAUCAAUUGUAAAGUAAAUGAUAAAUCUUAGUCUCAAAUUUAAGUUGAAACACUUAAAAAUCAUUAAACAGUGUACUGUUCAAGUAAAUGUUUGUUAAACGUUGUAUUAAAAUGGUUUUCAACUAGUUUGGCGAAUAUCGAACGAAAGUUGAUUCCAAAGUAUAGAACCUGCGUAACCUAUUCCAAAUUUCCCUAAGGUUUCUUGGCUUUUGUAUAGCUAAAUCAAACAUAAUUUCUAAAUCUUGUAUUAUAUAAGUAUUCUACAGUAGCAAAAGAACAACUUAACGUGUGAGCUGUUCGAUUAUCAAAAAAUAUCGCAAAAAAAUUUCAAAACAUAUAACUAUGGAUUUUAUAUAUAAUAAAGAAUUUUAAGUUAGUAAAAUAAAGAGGGUGACUGUGCUCUGAAAUAUGAAAAAAAAAUGUAUACAUCUAGCGAACAUUUUUUUGAGAAUUUAAUGUUUCCCCAUACCUCAUUUCAAUUUGGAUAGAUGAAUUAUAAAGCAUAACUACAGUUUUUAUGAAAACAAAAUGUCUUUCCAGACUUUCUCCUGAUUUUUUAAAAUUAAUAUUUUGAACUUUGAAUGUGAACUUUCAAUGUAAGACCUUUAUCAAACUUAAUACCAACGAAAUAAAUAUAUUAUUCUAUUAACUAACUGGAAAUCCAAAUUAAAGCUUUACCUAUAAUACCAUAAUGACUGGGUUUAAAAUAUGAAACCUUGUUAUCAAUUGUGUCGAACGCUUUUCGGAAAUCAUUAAAAAUACUAACUAAAGACUUCCCUUGAUCAAUAUCAUACUCAAGAUUAUGUACGUUGUCAUUGAAUAAAUUCAUCGGAUCCAACGAUAAAUAAGUAUUAGUGGUUAGUUUUUACGAUCUGAAGUCAAGUGUAAAAUUAAGAUGUUACUCACUGUUUCAUUGUCGUUUCCCUGCUAUCAGCAAGGAGCUAGAAAAUAUGCAUGAGACUUUGUGUGGUUAAAAUAAUUAGAAAUAACCAACAAAGUAUUAAAUACUAGUGUGUCAACAUAAAAACAAAAAUACAACAUGCCUAUGUCAAAGGAAAUUAGGGUGAUUGCGGAGCUGAUUGUGUCACUAGUUUUUUUUUCUUACUCAUUUAAAAAAAUAAACUAACAACUUUUACUGUAUUUGGAACUAUUCAAAUAAUUCCAAUUACAAAAAAGCAAUCAGAUUGACACUUUUUCCAUAAUUAUAGUGAGCAAAGCUAUAUUUGUUGUUAAUUGUUCAUUAUUAUAUCUUACAUGUAUGCAGUAAAUUUUUGGCACUAAUCAGAUGUCUAGGUGCCAAGCCUGUCACGUUUCAUAAUUCGACACCGAACCAAGACCUUUAUCUUAUCUUGAGUGUAUUUGCAUACACUUACAAAAAAAAAAUGUUUUUAUAAAAAAAAAACA